AUGCGCCAAAUCGCUAAACUCUUCGUGUCACCACUUCUCCGAGCGUCCUUCAUUCGAUCGCUUUCAUCGACCACCCAAGGACCGCUAUGGAUCGAUCGACUGGAGGCUGAAAACAAAGGAAUCGUCGUGUUACGCAUGAAAAAACCGGAGACGAAAAAUGCGAUCAGUAAACUCAUGCUCAGCCAGUUGCGAGACGCUCUCGCCGAGUUGAAAUUCGAUCGAUCGGCUCGUGUUGUCAUUUUGAAGAGCGAUGUUCCUGGAGCGUUUUGUGCGGGCGCCGACUUGAAAGAGAGGAAAAGCAUGGCCCCCGAUGAGGUCCCGAUUUUUGUCAACUCGAUUCGAGCAGCUACAACCGAAUUGUCCACUUUACCACAGCCGACAAUAGCUGCGAUUGACGGAGUGGCGCUUGGUGGUGGACUAGAAUUGGCUCUCUCUUGUGAUCUACUGGUGGCCAGCGAUGCGGCAAAGAUGGGUUUAACGGAAACGAGAUUGGCGAUAAUUCCUGGUGCAGGUGGAACGCAGCGAUUAACUCGAUUGGUCGGAGUGGCAAAAGCAAAGGAGUUGAUCUUCACAGCUCGGAUUCUUGACUCAAAGGAAGCGCUUUCAAUUGGACUCGUGAAUGCGGCUGUCGAAAAAGGACCCACGGAUGACGGUGCUUAUAAUAGAGCAAUUGAAUUAGCGAAAGAAAUGCUGCAAAGAGGACCCGUGGCUUUGCGUGUUGCCAAAAUUGCAAUCGAUACCGGAUCACAAUUGGAUUUGCAAAGCGGAUUGAUGUUAGAGCAACAAUGUUAUGCGCAAGUAAUUCCGACAAGAGAUCGAAUCGAGGGAUUGGCCGCUUUUGCUGAGAAACGAAAGCCAAACUACAAAGGAGAA